AUGGGUGAGUGAACGUCAGCCAUGAGUGCCGAGCCGGACCCCCUGGCCGUGGUCAACCAGCUGAGGGACCUGGCCGCGGACCCCAUGAAUCGCAGGGCCAUCGUCCAGGACCAGGGCUGCCUGCCAGGACUCAUCCUGUUCCUGGACCACACCAACCCUCAGGUUGUCUACUCCGCCCUGCUGGCAAUCCGUUACCUGGCGGAAUGUCGAGCCAAUCGGGAGAAGCUGAAGGGGGAGCUGGGGAUGAUGCUGAGUCUCCAGAACGUCAUGCAGAAAUCGACCACCCCCGGGGAGACGAAGCUGCUGGCAUCUGAGAUCUACGAGCUCCUGCAGGCAUCCGGCGGCGCCGAAGCCGAGUCGACCGAAGAGGCCGUCAGCAGCCGCCGCAAAGCCCAGUUCUUUCUGGGCUCCAGCAACAAGAGAGCCAAGACCGUAAUCCUCCAGAUCGACGGACUGGACGACUCGAGUCGGAGGAGUCUGUGUGAGGAAGCUCUGCUGAAGAUCAGAGGAGUGAUCAGCUUCACCUUCCAGAUGACCGUGAAGAGGUGCAUCGUCCGGAUCCGAUCAGACCUGAAGGCUGAGGCUCUGGCGUCUGCGAUCGCGUCCACUCAGGUGAUGAAGGCUCAGCAGGUGGUGAAAGGAGAAGACGGAGAUGAGGUUUUGAUCCCGUUGGCGGAGGACGGCUCAGUGGAGGUGGAGCAGAACGUGGACCUGCCGGACUACCUGCCAGAGGACGAGAGUCCGUCUCAGGAGCCCGACAAGGCGGUGAGCCGGGUGGGGUCCGGCCAGGAAGGGACCAGUUGGCUUGGUGCUGCCACUAACUUCCUGUCCCGCUCCUUCUACUGGUGACCCUGCUGGGCUGCCGCCCCCCCCUUUAGACCUCACAUCUCCUCUCAGAACCAAAGUCGACCAGCUGCCAAAAUCACUGCUGAGCUGGAGAGACAAACAAACAACGAACAGCUGGAUUGUGGCUUUAGUUUGACGUUUGUGUUACAGCGGGUCCAUUUGUUCCUAACCAAAUUGUCUUAACUGACAGGAAGUGUCCUGCAGGGACACGAACAAACACCAACAGGCUAGAAUGAACUCCACCGGACGGCCGUCUUUUCCCUUUUUAUUAUUUAUUUGACUUUUCUUCCUGCAGUUUGAUGUGUUGUAAAGGACGUCGGCUGUGCCUUCAGUUCUGCUUCUUCACUUUCAGCUAACUGCUGUUCAGUUGUCAGGACUCAUAAAAUACCAAAAACAAUGACAAACAGCCAGCACACUCAAGAGAACAGCAAAGAAGACCUUAAUCCCACGAAAAGCCAUCGAGGCAGACGCUGUGCUCGUUUGGACUGCUUGGAGUGAACGGCUGUCCUGAUGGAUCCUGAGAGGAGGAGGAUUUGUGCUUCGCUGGGACCAGAAUACCUUCCUGACCUCAGAUCAGUUCUCACGCUCGCGAAGUGCUGGCCAGCCGUCUGGCUGCUUGUCAUCAUUUUUGAGUAAAGACAGUAACUGAUCCUUCCUGUGAUGUUACCGGAGGUGCACGGUGAACAGAAGGUUGCCGAGUCCUCUUCACUCUGAGGACUGACCUCAGAUCAGCGACUGAACGGUGCUUUACUUUGUGUUUGCGACCUGGUCUUCAUGUUUACAGCCACAUCCUUGUAGCCUUUCUGCUGAACUCCUGCUUUUAUUUUCCUUCUUGUUGGCGAAGUCUCACAGUCAGCAGGUUGAUUUGCACACUUUAGUCUGAGGUGGAGGUUUUCAGUAGAGUAGAAACCUGCACCUGAAUGACUGGAGCAAGUUACAAAGAAUUCAGGAACACGACAAGAACCACGAAGACAAACUGAGUGUUCACACAGUCAGUAUUUACUGCUCUGAAACGAUUCAACGGGAAUUCAUUUCCUUCUUUGAAGUGGCUGGUGUUGUGUUCGAGGUGCAGCUCGCGCUCCAGAAAACCUGCUGCUUGUCUCGUUCACGGCAGGAGACAAUCAGAUGAGAAGGACCUUUGAUGACUUGGUACAGAUUUGUACUGUCCUCCUGUGAUGCUGUUGCUCUCUUGUGCGUUUGUGUACCUGCCAGGUGUGCUCACAGCUCCACCUACACACUGUCCCAUCACACUCUGAGCAGCCUGUUGUGUCAGCAGACGACACACGGCAAACGACAAACAUGUUGGAUGAGUUUACAAAACAUUUGCUUUGCUGUUUGUUUUUAAUUCAUUUAGCAAACCAAAAUCAGGUGAUUAGCAGUCGGGUUCACCCGGUUUCCACCCGGUUUCCACCCGGUUUCCACCAGGUUUCCACCCGGUUUCCACCUUCCUCCACCUGCUGCGGUUUCCUGGCAGCACGGCGAACCUCAGAUCAGCUUGAACAACAACACGGUUGGCCAGCCGGUCUGACCGCCGUGUGUUGUGAUUGGCCAUCGGGUUGUCGUGGUGACGUCAGCUGGCUGACUCGCACGCUGCAGACAACACGCAGCUCCUAACAGCAGUUCAAAUGAACAGUGAAGCCCUCCAGCAUCGGACUGUCGUCUUCUGUUCGAGCCGGCGUUUCAGAUGAUCAAAGGUCGUAUUGAUCAGUUUCUGUUCCUGCAUGAGCUGAACUUCUGUCUUCUACUCAGGACAUUUACUGAACAGCUCCCAGUUGUUUUUUUUCUUUUAUUUUAAUCAAUAUUUUCUAUUGAAGUGUUUUUUUUAGCUGUUCCCUGAAACCUGACAUCACGACGUGAGUGUUCUUCAUCAUCCUCAUCAUCCUCAUCAGUGUGCUGCUGUUCAGUCUGUUCUGUAAUGAUGAUUCCAACAGUUUGUUCACAGAAUAAAACUGUCUGAACGAU